AUGGUAAAUCACAGUGACGAUACAUUGAUCGCUUUACAGAAUGAGCUGAUCAAGGAAUUGAAAUCGUAUAACCUCGAAAUCAGUAAUAAAUGCAAUGUUUUGGGAACUACAGCGCUUUCAAAAGAUCAGAAAUCGCGUCAUAUUGAGAAUGAAUUAGGUCCUAGGAUUAAUUCCAUUCAUUCAAAAAUUUCAAAGCUGGGUAAUGACAUUGACGGCAGAGUACCGAGAUUGUCAACUGUGAUCUCUAGCGAUGAUGAUGCUAACAACGAUGGCAUUUUUCAAUUUAAUAUGAACAACUCAUUACCCAGUACUGACGACGAUUUUGAGAUAGUGGCAAAUUUCAAGGAUGAUUCAAUUGAUGAACUAGAAUUUGAUGGAGAAGAAGAAGAAAAAGAAGAAGAUGAUGAUGAUGAUGAUGUACAGAUCAUUGAAGAACGGUCAAAAAUUCCGCCCAUUGUUGAAACGUCCCUUUCUCAAAAUGUGAGAGGGACGUUAGACAUCCCUCCGUCUUUCCAAGACGAUGAGGACAAUAUCUCAAUUCAAGAAAUAUUAAGCGAUUAUGAUAUAUCGUCAUUGGACGAUCUCGCUCAACAACCUUUAUUGUCUAAUGAUAACAGGUCGUCUGAAGAUGAUUACAAUCACCUGUGGUCAGGCGAACUGGUUUACAAGCUUCAAAAUGUUUUUAAGUUACCAAAUUUUAGAAGUGAUCAAUUAUCCGCAAUCAAUGCAACUCUUUCGGGCGAUGAUGUGUUCAUAUUGAUGCCAACAGGAGGUGGCAAAUCGUUAUGCUAUCAACUUCCCUCAAUUAUUCGGUCUGGAGUGACAUGUGGGACAACAAUUGUUAUAUCUCCCUUGAUUUCCCUAAUGCAAGAUCAAAUUGAUCAUUUAUUACAAUUGAACAUCAAAGCAUGUAGCAUAAGUUCAAAAUUAUCUACAUCACAAAGGAAUUUUUAUUUUAGUCUAUUUGCCAACGGUGAUUUAGAUUUAUUGUAUAUUUCACCUGAAAUGUUAACAGCCUCUAAGAAAUUCAAGACGACACUUGAUAAACUGCAUAAAUCUCGGAAGUUGGCAAGGAUAGCAGUAGACGAAGCACACUGUCUCUCCAAUUGGGGACAUGAUUUUAGACCAGAUUAUAAAAACUUAGAUUAUUUUAGAAUAAACUAUCCUGAUAUUCCAAUAGUUGCAUUAACCGCCACGGCAAACAAUCUUGUACAGGACGAUAUAAUAAGAAAUUUGAGAUUGGGACGUCCGCUUGUCUUAAAGCAAAGUUUCAAUAGAAAUAAUUUAUUCUAUGAAGUAUUGCCAAAGGAUAAAAAGAUAGUGACAUCACAAAUUGCAAGUUAUAUCUUGAACGAUUUUAAAAGUCAAUCAGGAAUAGUUUAUUGCCAUUCAAAGGACACAUGCGAGAAAGUAUCAAUGGCUUUGACUCAAAUGGGUGUAAAAGCUUCUUUUUAUCACGCUGGAAUGACCAAUAAACAAAGAGACCAUGUUCAAAAAUUAUGGCAAUCUAAUCGAUAUCAAGUUAUAUGUGCCACUGUUGCAUUUGGAAUGGGGAUAGAUAAAGCUGAUGUCCGAUUUGUGAUUCAUUAUACCGUUCCAAGAUCUUUAGAGGGCUACUAUCAAGAAACUGGGAGAGCAGGAAGAGAUGGGAACUUUUCAUACUGUAUCACAUUUUAUUCAUUCAAUGACGUUAGAUCUUUACAAAAACUGAUCCAAACAGAUAAAGGUCUCAAUAAAGAAAAUAAAUUAACACACCUAGAUAAAUUGCAACAUGUGAUGGCAUACUGUGAAAAUACGAUAAACUGUAGAAGAAAACAGAUAUUAUCAUAUUUUAAUGAAGAGUUUGAUGUGAACUUAUGCCAUAAGAAUUGUGAUAACUGUCUUAGAAAUGUUGAUGGUAAUUCAAAUGUGGUCGAAAGUGAUGUUACUGACGCCUCUAUCAGCAUUAUCAAUCUUGUUCAGUCGAUACAGAACGAAAGAGUAACUAUCAUAUAUUGCCAAGAUAUUCUUAGAGGCUCUAAAAUGACCAAGAUUGUUCAAGCAGGGCAUGAUAAGUUGCCAGAACAUGGUAUAUUGAAAAGUAAUAAAAAAGAAAAUUUAGAAAGGAUAUUUUUCCAUCUAGUGACAAAAAAUAUUUUACAAGAAUAUUCUAUAGUUAAUAAGAGUGGAUUUGGAUCAAAUUAUGUGAAGUUAGGGAAAAUGGCUGCACAAUUGAAAAAGGGCAUCUUAAAAGUCAAACUGAAACUUGUGACCAUGCCGUCUACUCCCUCUGGGGAAAAUUCUGCUCUCGUCGGAAAAACAGAUGAUAACAAUGCCGUGUCAAAUGGAUCAUUUUUUCGAAACUUAAUUCAGGAAAGGUUCCAUCUCAAGGCCUCUUCACAUCUAGUAAACCAGAAUGCCUCACACUUAAGGCUGCCAGAAAUGAGAUGGGGAUAUAGCGGUGAAAACUAUCAAGAAAUGGAAAAAAAUCAGAAAAUAGUGAACGAGCUGAAAUAUCACCAAAGAACACCAUUGGAAGAGGAUACUGUCGGUACAAAUACAACAUCUUCCAUUAGAAAAAGGAGAAGCUUCUCUAAAAAGAAAUCCUAUAGAACUCGCAGAAGAAAAAAGUGGAAGUCAUAA